UAAUACAGACUAUUCUUAUAAACAAAUCGGCAAAGAAGCAGAAAAAGAUCCUGUCGCUAAUCAUAUAAUUCUUAAAUUCCAAAAUCAAGUUUAUCGUGUAAUAGACCAUACAAGAUCCCAAAGACCAGAAUUUUCUCAAACCGUAACUCCACGUCCUGAAGAAAAAAGACGCCAAUACACCCGAAAUCCACCAAUGAAGAUUCCAGCAAAGCCACGUUACAGUUUUUCGAAUGUAAUGCCUGUAAAUCCUAGAGUAAAACUGAACAAGGCUAUCCGGAGAAUGGAUCAAUAUUUACAAUGGAACAACUCGUGCUCAAUGAAUUCAUUGCGUUCGCCAUUGCCCCCAGACUUCAGAGGUGACGUUCAACGGAUUAGUGAAGCUAAAUGUCUGGAAUACAUCUGGAAAAUAAAAACCGAAGAAGAAAUCAACAAACGCGUGGACACGUGCUAUAGGCGAAAUGAAAUCGAUAUUUCCAAAAUUCCCAACGGUAUCGAUGCGGGAUAUGGGGAGUUUCCGCAUAUGGGUGCCGUAGGAUGGCUAGCAUCAGACGAAACCAAAGAAGAAUACGACGAUGACUACAUUUUCAUGUGCGGCAGUACCCUGAUAAGCGAAAACUUUGCUUUGACGGCAUCACAUUGUGAGAAGGCACCGCCCGGAAAUAAGCUAAUACAACCUGGUGCAUUGAAUCCUAAGAUAGUUAGGUUUGGCGUAGAGAGGUUAUAUAGAGAAGAGCUAUACAGACCUCGUCAAGAUGCAGUAAUAGCUGCAUUCAUACCAUACCCUGAUAGAGACAAGAUACACAAAGUGCAUGAUCUAGCUCUUAUACAAUUCGAAGAUCCUGUCUACUUCACCAGUUUUGUGCGACCUUCUUGUAUUGUUCCCCAAUCUUUUAAGAGAGCUGAGAAAGCUACUGUUUCUGGUUGGGGAGUCACCAAGAGAACACCGAGCAAUUCGCCAGCAAAAGAACUGCAAAAGACAGACGUGGACAUUCUAGAUAAUAGUCUAUGCAAUAAGAAACUAAGGCCGAGAAUGAAGAAAUCCGGAUGGCAUGGUCUUAUCCAACAGAUUUGUGCUACGAAUCUGGCAGUUCAAACUGAUGCUUGUCAGGGUGAUUCCGGCGGUCCUCUUCAAGAGACACUGAAAACAGGGACAGAAACACCUGUAUACAAUGUCUUAGGUGUCGUCGCGUUCAACUUUGUAUGUGCAUCGACUAAAGUUCCUAGUAUAUAUACUAAAAUGGAUCAUAAAAAUUACAUGGAUUGGAUAGAGAAUAAGGUAUGGGGAAAUAAUAUUAAUGAGUAGGUAUAAAAGAUAACGCAAGGUCCCAACCUUUUGGAUAUAAUAAACAUUAAUACAUGACACACAUGAUGUAACAAUAGAAUAAAACAUCGAAGGAAAGGUUGAUAUCUACGAUGAUAAGUUACUUUCACCAGAUAAAAGUAAAGACAAAUGUGGGGUCGAACUAGAAGGUUCAAGAAAGUGAACAGCAAAGUUAGUCUGGAAGGCGCUACAUUAACAAAAGCGUCAAACAUUAAUGAAGAAUUAUUUACCUUUUAUGGGUUUGGUGAAGAAGUCAUAAAUAUAAAAAUUCGAUCGUGUAUCAAAUAUUUUUGGGCUAGCUCUGUUGUAUUAUCGGC